GCGGCGACAGACGAGGCAGGGCACUUAGGAACAAUGAAGAUAAGUGAGCUUUCCCAGUUUGAGGGGUCAUAUGAUGUCCUUUGUGAUGAUGUCAUAAGAACUAAGGGAUCAAAGUGCAGGUUCCGUCACUGUGAAAAAGCCAUUGGCAGUGAUAUUGUGUGCUCAUUAUGGAGAGAGGGAAAAUGUUCCCAUCAACUUUGCAAAUUUAGACACAUGGAAAUACAGCAAAAAUACAACAGCAUCUCAUGCUUCUGGGAAACACAGCCUUUAGGCUGUGUGAGGAUCAGUUGUGUCUUCCAUCACAGGAAACCUCGUAAUAUUAAUGGACUUUUUUUGCCCCCUAGUAAUGAUUCUACAUUGCAAGGGGAAGUUCAGGAAGGAAUUUUGCAUGCUGCUCAAAAUCAAGAUUCCACAAAAGGUCAGGAGAAUUCAUUAAGGCCUAUUCAUCCUCCACUUAUUAUUACUAUCAAUCUUGAGGAUGAAGAAGAGGAAGAACAAGAAGAAAAAUAUGCAUCUUAUUUAUUGUCAAAGACACCAGAAGAUAUAGAAGAAGAAAAGGCAAUAAAGGAAAUGUGCUAUAAAUCUGGAGAAUAUUAUAGAAUUCAGACUUCUCAGGAAAAUCAUUUAACAAAAAAUUCUUCAGUGCUGGAGAAUGAGCUCAUUAAACCUAUGGAAACAUGCAGAGAAUUACAAGAAGGUGAUGGUGUUGCUGUUCCAUCAAAGUUUAACAUUAUAGAAAGGCAAACAAAAAUAACAGCCUCAGUAGACAGUUGCUCUAAAUCUGAACUUAGUACCUUUGAAAAUGGAGGAGGUGAUUGUUACUUGUCACAAAGAAAUAUAUUUGUUGAAGGGAUACAAAACAAAAUGUUCAAUGGAGAGAAACAAUUUACCAUGCUAAAGUGUUUAAACGUUAAAGCUACCAGCCAUACAGAAAGCAUCAAGAAGCAUCAUUUUAAGGGAGUAAAGAAAAAGAAAUGGCUAUCUGAGGACUCCAAAAAUCUGCCUACCCCUUUGACAGCAAAAGCAAUGCAUACUUCAAACUCUAAAAGUAAAGGGAAUUGCCAACAAAAUGAUCAAAUCAAGAAUGCUGAGAAUGCCUCUUAUGUUCCUCCUCAGAGAGCCAACGGGAGAAGUAUUUCCUUGAGUGCUCCAAUGGCUGGAAGGUCACAAAAUCUCACCUAUGCUAAAAUUGGGGUAGCCAAAGAAUCCAAAAUGAAUUUAUCUACAGAGAGGUGUGCUUCAGCGUAUAAUAUACCAGCCUGGAGAAAAAGAAGCCCGCAUUCUAAAAUAUAUACUAAACCUGAAAAAAUGCAUUCAGAGCCCAGAAGAAAUGGAAGUAGAUAAAAUGGAGGUUAAUUUUAAAGAGAAGAAAGAGGGAAUAAAGAAAUAUUAUAUUGCUCUUCUAUGGUUUGCCAUAAAAAGAGGACAAAAUAUUCAAAUUCAAAUGAUUUGGUUAUCAUGAAAUCCAACUGGAGAUC